AACAUGAAAUUCCUGGUAAUAAUAAAAAUCAAGGAAUAAGAAAAUAUACUGUAGAAGAAGAAAAAAUUAUUAAAGAAUUAUGUGAUGAUUUAGAAAAAAAUGAUGUUAUAUAUUCUGGAUAUAGCGAAUAG